UGAGCGCUCGUCGCGUUCCCCGAAUGGCGUUUGGAAGUUGUGCGUUUUCGCGGCAAAACGCGCAUAACUUUUCGACUGUCACAAUUUAAAUUUCGAAUACAUUUUCGUUGGCGCGUUUUUAUUUGACAUCUGAUUGCAGUGAUUUUUGUUUUCUUUUUUUGAAUCAGUGCUGUGAAUUGUGAUUUAGAAAAUACAGUGUGAUGCCUUAUUGUUUUCGGUCAGGUUACGCCAUGAUAAUACGAUAACUUACGAAGAUCGACACCAGACGUCCGAGCGGUGUUCUAAAAUCAAAAGUCAGUGCGAAAAAAAAAUAUAGUGCCACAAUCAAAUACGGUGUCCGAUAAACUUUCACAUCGCGAGAUUCGAAAUUUGAAAAUUCAAACGGAUCUGUUGUGUUUUUUAAAUUUUCAAUCGUCCGAGAGCUCGUAACGUGCCAGUGAUUGUGAAUUGUGAAGUGUUCUUAAGGUGUAUACGUUUUUGUGUAUUACAGUGUGUGUAUGAUGUGUGCCGAAUAUGGGUGAGCCCCAGACGAUACAUAAGACCUGCGUGAGGGUCAACUCCGCGGACGAUGAGGAGAGAGACGAGGUCGACCAUGAACUACCAAAGAGGAAUCCCUUUGUGCGGGGGUCAGACCCCCGCGUGGCCACGUGCCGGGGCCGCCUCCAGACUCGCCGGUGCCAGCUCAACCAGGAGAUCAACAAGGAGUUGAGGCUGCGCGCCGGCGCUGAGAAUCUCUUUAAGGCCACAACGAACAGGAAACUGCGCGAGACGGUGGCCCUGGAGCUGAGCUUCGUCAACUCAAACCUGCAGUUGCUGAAAGAGCAACUCGCCGAGCUCAACUCCUCGGUGGAACUGUACCAGAGUGACAGCCAGCAAUGUGUGAUGCCCAUGAUCCCACUGGGCCUGAAGGAGACGAAGGAGGUCGACUUCAGGGAGCCGUUCAAAGACUUCAUUCUGGAGCACUACAGUGAAGAUGCAGCUAUGUAUGAAGACGCGAUCUCCGACUUCAUGGAUAUGAGACAGGCGAUGCGUACUCCGGUCCGGUCGACGGCGGGCGUGGCACUACUAUUCAAGUACUACAACCAGCUGUACUUUAUCGAGAGGCGAUUCUUCCCGCCGGACAGAUCGCUCGGCGUAUACUUUGAGUGGUUCGAUUCGUUAACUGGAGUCCCAUCCUGCCAAAGAACAGUGGCUUUCGAGAAAGCCUGUGUCCUGUUCAAUAUGGCGGGCAUAUAUACACAAAUUGGCGCGAAACAGGAGCGGCACACGUGCGCGGGGCUGGACGGCGCGGUGGACGCGCUGCUGCGCGCGGCGGGCACGCUGCGCUACAUCCACGAGAACUUCACCAACGCGCCCUCCGUCGAUCUCGCCGCCGACACGCUGCUCGUGCUCGGCGCGCUCAUGACCGCGCAGGCGCGCGAGUGCCUGGUGGAGAAGCUGCAGCUGCAGGCGCGCGAGGCGGCGGGCGAGCUGCGCCGCGACCCGCCGCUGUGCCUCGACCUCGCGCAGGAGAGCGCGCAGCUCGCGCACACCUACCGCCAGCUCUACGACAAGAUGCAAACAGAGGGUGUGUACAACUACGUGCCAUACUCGUGGGUCUCGCUGGUCCACGUCAAGACUGAGUUUUAUAAAGCGCUGGCGCACCAGUACUGCGCGACCGGCUUGCUACACGCGCCUGCCGGAAGCUCUCGUGAACGCUUGCUCGCCCUCUACGCGCCCUCUAGUGACAGGACGCUCGACAAUGGUUCAUCCGUAACACCCGUGCUGAAAGAUCAGGAGUUGGACCAUAUGGCCUUGGGACGGGCACACCUCGCCGAGGCUUUAACGUUAUACGAAGAGGCCCUCAGGCUGCAAAGGAUGUGCCGAGAGCUGCGCAAUAAGGAGGCGCUAUCUUUAGUUGUUCGCGCUCAACUCGAGAGGGCAGCACGGGACCGCGCCGCCGCCGCCGUCGACGAGCCCGAUUUUGCCGACCUCAUCGACGCACCCCACAUACAUCCAUCAUCAAAAUUCCAACUAUCGCUGACACCACCGGAUUUCGCGCAGCACCGGGUGGAAGACCUCUUCAAAUCCCUAGGACCCAUCGCAAUCUUCUCCGCAAAGCGACACUGGAGCGCACCCCGACUAGUACAGCUCCAGAAGAACGGGGACAAGCGAACAAACAGAAGAUCUGAGAGACGAAACGGGAGAUUGGAAGAGUUCGAAGAUAGAAACGGGAAGAGAUCAGAAAAGAGAGACAGAUCCGAAGAUAACAGCACAUACUACAACCAAGUUAUAAGAAGCGACGAGAAGUACACAGACGAAUACGAGAAGAAGAAACUGCACAGAGUAAUGAAACAAAAUGGCGUUUAUAUCAAUAGUUACAAUAAUAACAACUACGAGUAUCACCCGAAAGUUCUAGAUUAUGACAAAGAUUAUAAUUAUAAGAAUAAAAUUAGCAAUGAAUUUAUAAUGGGCACCGAAAAUGGGAGUUGUAAACACGAGGCGGUCAAUGGGAAGGUGAAAAGUGGGAGGGAGAGGAGAAAGGGAGAGCUGAGGAGGGUGGCGAGCGAAUACAACGUGUCUAACUCUAAGUCAGAUGAUGACGGGUUUGGCUUCUCGGUGCGAGGUGAUGCACCGGUCAUCAUUGCUGCGGUGGAGCCCAACUCGUUGGCUGAUAUCGGUGGUAUGCGCGAAGGUGACUUCAUCAUUUCAAUAGGAGACAAGGACGUCAAGUGGAGCGGUCACGAUGAGGUGGUGAGGCUCAUACAGCAGAGCGGGGACACGCUCACCAUGCGGCUGGCCUCGCCCAUGGACAAGAGCUCGCUGAAGGCGUCACCAGAAACCCCUCGUCAGUCGAACUCCAACCAGGGUUCAGUAUCAGCUGCCUCCACCGCGUCCAGCGGGUCCACCGCCGUCACAGCGCGGUCCUCAGCACGACGGGCACCAUCUUGGAAUCCAUUUAGGCGACACACCACAAGGGACACGAGCUCCCACCGCGGGUCCCAUACCAACGUAAUAUUCAGAUAACUGCCAUCUAUCGGCCAGUUGUGCAAUGUAUAGCGCCAUCUAUUAGAGGGCACAGCAAUUCAGUCAGGUCGACUGGAAUGGAAAUGAUGAAUUAUGCAAAGUAGUUCGACUGAUAUAUCGUCACCGAUGUCGUUAAAUAGAUAGCACUUUCUGUAUAGAAAAAGUCGAUGUUAAGUUAACAGUACCACCUACCUGUGACAGGAAACUGAUUUUAUAAUCGAAGUUGAAUUAGACACGUAAGAAACUCGAUUGGUUUGUUUUAUAAAAGGAAUCCUUAUUAUCACAACUAUUAAAUAAAAUUACGCUUCAUAAACCGAAAAUAUUUUUCUUGUCACGUGAGCUACGUAAUCUCUAUUUUUAAGGUAAAAGCGCCAUCUAUAUCUAGUAUCUGUAGUCUUAAAGAUUUGAAUUCAAGGUAACCGGUUCAUGUUCAUCAUAGGAUGUUAGUAACAAGCUUAAAACCAAAUGGAUAUUACACAUUUAAACAAAAACUGGAAAUUAAUAAAUUGAACCUUGGUCAAGUCACCAUUUAUAACGUCUUUUAUAAACAACUCGUAUUGUGGUGUAGCAAGGUAAUGAAAACUUUAAUCCUUGCAUAAAACGCAUGAGAGUGAGAUAGAAGAUCUUUAAUAUCACAAAAUCAUUUAAUUACUGGAUUGUAAUGUCCGUUUGAUUUGAGCUUUCAUGGAUUUUUGGGUCUUCAUUAUCAUUCGUAUAACAUCGCAGUGAAACAACGACAAGAAGCAGCUGUAAUCGGCAUAUUAUUAUGCAACUAUUAUAUAUUUAGGUUCCUAAAUAUAUAGAUAGAUUUAUGGAACCUUUGUCUGGGCUAUGAAGUUAUCCAAAGUAUAUUUUCUUUUAUUUUUACCUUAAGGAUCUUAACUAUUUAAUUUUGGCAAGCACAUUUCAAAUUACAUCUAUAUACUUUUUUAUAUAAUAGGUAUAUAUACAUAUUAUAAUAGUUAUAUCAGGUAAUAUAAAAAUAUGUAUAUAUUAAUGACAUUUUUAUUCUUGUUUAGUUGUAAUAAGCUAAAAACAAAUUUAAAAAAAUAUUUUCGAAAACCAAAUAUAUAUACUAAAUGCUUGCCAAGCUAUUUUCUAUAUAUAAUCUCGUAUCACCUUGUUAAUUUAUUCUCAUUUUUCUCCCUCAAACAAAACAUUUUUACGCCCUACGCCAAAAACUGUAACUACAAAUUUAGUUACAGCAGAAAUAAAGACUUCUCGAUAUCUUUAAAUCGAGGUGAUACAAGCUUAUAUGUAAUCACUAUUAAUCUUUGUUCACGUGAACUGUCGCAUCUUUAUAUUGAAAGACGUGCACAGUGAAUUUUAAUUUAGUUGCGAACGCUUCUAUCGAAUAGCCUACCGUCCAGCUUGUAAGCAAAUACAUAUACAUAUCAUAAUAUAUAUAUAUAUAUAUAUAUUAUAUCAUGACCUUGGAGUUGAAAUCAAAUUAAAAAUAAAAAAAUAAUGACAUAUCGUUUUGUUUAUUAAUUUAAUACUUUGUAAUUAUAUGUAUGUAUAUUGUAUUAAUCUCAGAUUAUAUAGAUAGAGUGUCUCCAUACAAAUGCUUCUAGAAAAGCGGAUCAACUUUUUCAUACAAUUUUGCGUGAUAAAUAGUUACGAGUGAUUCCUUUAUAACUUCUAUAUUUAUUUUGUCUCGUAAUUUCUGCAUCUUUUUAAUAAGUAAACACUCAUUUUAUUUAUUAAAUAAUAUAUCAAGAUACAUUAUGUGUGUAAGUAUAUAAAACAUUAAUAAAAAAAACGAGUCAGCUAAUUUGACAAUUAGCUGUCAAAAAGUUGACCCGUUUUUGAGGCUCUAUGCUCUAUCUAUAUAAUCUUAGGUAUUAAUAUAUCGAACGAAACUGUCAACUGAGUAAUAUAUAUUUGCAGUAUUAUAAAAAAAAUAAUAGAUUAUGAAGUAAAUAUAUAAAUUUUGGUUGUGAUCGAUCUGGUAAGUCAAUAAUUUUAUUUUUUUAUAACAAUUGAUCGCACCCAAAAAUAUAAUGACAUGUAACCAAUACAUUUUAGAUUGAAACUUUGUCACAAUUUAAAAUUUAUUGAUUUUGUAUAAAGAUUACUUAGAUAUUAUUGUAAGAGUGUAUAUCUGUAUAAAGUAAGUUAAAACCUAUUAUCGUAUGAAAUAUGUAUAAAUUGUUAUGAAUCAUUGAAAAGUCUUUGGAAUAAUAAAGUCUAUAUAAAGGUA